AUUAGAUGUUUAAAUCCCCCCUGUGAUCUGAUCAGAUUACGGUCUAGCUGUGAGGUCAUUGUUAGUUAGUUGAUUCAAGAGGAGACCACAUCAGUUUGAAGAUGAUUGACUUAAAUUGCCAGUCGAAUUCUCUUGUGUCUGCAUUAACUGCGUUUGCUUUCCUAGUAUCUUCAACAUGUUUCUUUUACAGACCGGUGAUUAUUACAAGAAUGGGGAACUUCUCGUCAUCUGCGCCUGGGUUGUCAAGCUCAGCUUGUGGUCAGUUUGUGCAGGAUAUUGUGUCCAGUAACUGUGUUGUAAUAUUCUCCAAAACAACAUGUCCUUACUGUAAGAUGGCAAAGGGUGUCUUUAAUGAGAUUGGAGCUACGUAUAAAGUUGUUGAACUGGACGAGCACAACGAUGGUCGACGUCUCCAGGAGACUUUAGCGGAACUGACAGGUGCCAGAACAGUGCCAAGAGUUUUUAUUAAUGGACAGUGCAUUGGAGGAGGCUCAGAUACUAAACAGCUCCACCAGCAAGGAAAACUUCUGCCUCUUAUUGAACAGUGUAGGCCGUGCUGUUUAAAUAUGACACCUGAGGGCUCAGGAAAUAGUCAAAAUCAGCCUCAUCAGUGAUGCUUUCUGUAGUGUGUAUUAUAUAUAAACAUGAUGGUCACCUUUAAACAGCCUAAAUACUAAAUGUUUUAAAUGUAUAUGCUUCUGUAUAAAAAAAAAAAUACCUGCCUGAUUUAAUGACAAUUAAUGAGUAUUGUUAUUUUGUUUAUAAUAUUCCUGAACAUUUGUUAGCCCAAGUACAGAAAUGCACUGUAUAUAUUCCUGUAAGAUGUAACACCAGAUAAUAAAAGUGUUUUUACUUUUACUUUUUAAGUUACAAAACCCCUGUAUUUAUGUAAAGUAUAUAAAUACUUUUUUAAAAUAAUGUCAAAAAUGUUCCAUUGUUUUGUUUUUCUGAUGUAAGUGCACAAACUCCAACUGGAUUUACAUAAAACCUUAUUUUUUUACAUCAUUUAAAACAA